AUGUCUGCUGUCGAUUCUGCUCGCUUUAGGCCGUCGACACCGCCGCGUCUUUCCCUUGAGGAAUAUAUCGACUUCGGCUCUGGGCAUAGCCGUCAUGCCUCCAAUUCUUCUGUUUAUUCAAACGAGUCAUCUCCCUGGUCGACCAUGACUGGAAAUACCAGUCCUACCACGUCGCCAACCAGACAUCAUCAUGGCCCAAAGCUAUUGCCCAAGAUCCGACCUCAAGAUAUUGUGAUCGAGCCAGUGUCUGCUAGCGGGCCUGUUCGUCACCCCCGGGUUCUGUCCAAUACACGGAACCCGCCUGGAUUUAUCCCUUACCCACCGGUGCGGCCAUCCACCGGCCGUCGCACACGCGAUGCCGUGGACCGCUUGACAUUGGCAUCUCCCAUCUCACCAGCGCCAAUGACUGCACCGGGCAGCUUCUCUGCCUUGUCAUCCCCCGUGACCAUCACCCCUUCGUAUAAACGCAAAUCAGGAGGAGGUCACUCACGCUCGGUGUCAGCAUCUGUCGUCGACGCCGCCAGUUUGGCUCGAUUUGGUUAUCCCACAUACCAGGAGCUACCAAAAUAUGUGCCUCAAAUGCAGGCCCAGACGACCCCGACCACCCCGGUCACCCCGGUCACUCCAAACAUUAUGCCAUACUCAUCAUACUCCCGAAGAGUGGGAGGCCAGCAUUCUCCUAUAGGCGCGCAAACUCCAUUGACAGUGCCAACUCCUCAAUAUAACUAUCGCCAGGCAUCGACUGUCCAGCAUUCGCCAGCCUUACUCAGUCCCCAGGAAGAUCUGCCUCCGCGGACCACAACUCUGCUGUCAUAUCUGACCCUACCAAUCCAACCAAUCAGCCUAGUCCGCAAUGUGAGCGUGGUUCCAACUCGCGGCCUACACGAUUACUUCUGGUGGGACAUCCGCAACCUGCGCAGCUGGAGCUCCUUCUCACUGGCGACAUUCGACUCCCUGGACAGCCGACUGACCCAGCUCCUGAAGACCGAAAUCCCAGCAGAGCUCACACCGCACGUGGCCGCCCCCUCAGCGAGCCUAGCGCCAGAAUCCGAGCACGACCUAGUGAGCCUAAUCCGCGACCUCUACGCACCACGCGUAAAUGCCGCCCUGGCCGUCUCCCAGGGCAAAGACCACCUCCAACUCUACGCUGCGCCAGACGUCCGCAACACAGGCCACAAAAACCACGGCCACCCGCACUUCCUAGCAAACUACCUCUCAGACACCGAGCAAACAAGCGCCGGUCUCCCGCGCGGCCGACUAGUCGGCAUCGUGAAAAGCUUCGACCGCUGGAACACCGGUAUGCGCAACGAAGCCCCGCACAGACGCGUAGAAUACCUCAACGGACUCGCCCACCUCCAGCGCUGCAUGCGCGAACACUCCUGCCGCUACGGCUUCAUAAUCACCGAGAUCGAGCUCGUCUGCGUGCGAGCAGGCUGCGACAUCGGUGACGACGUCCCCUACUUCGGGUACUUGGAGAUUGCAGCGUCAAUCCCGCUCAAGACAGCAGCAGAAGCAGCAACUGAUGCUGCGGGGAGCGCAUAUGCACACGCACACGCGCGCGACGCCCCGCUCACAACGCCCAUCAGCGCGCGCUCUUUCUCGUCGUCGUCGGGCUCGUCGCUCCCCUCGCUCUACGGCUCAUCGGACCCAGAGCUGGGUGAGGAUGGACUGCCGGCUAUGACGGCGGGGCUGGGGCUGUAUUUCUUGUUGAUGCUCUCGAAGUCGGUGCCGCUUCCGCAUCAGCCUUCUGCCCACCUCAACGUUGGCGGACCUGGUGCGAUGACCCGUCAGAGGAUUCUGGCGGAGCCGAAGGAUAAGUGGAUUCCUGAACCGCAGAUUGGGGAGAAGAGGGAUGCUAAGAGGGUAAGGGGAUGGGUUUGGCCUUCGGAUCCUUGGCAUCGGAGGGAGGGAGGUGCCUCUAGGGCGAAGCCUGGGACGAAGACGAAGAAAUGGCAUAAAUAA